AGUUUCUUACGUCUCCGAUGUUGUUUCACAAACAAAAAAACAAUUGAAAAAAAAAACAAAUAAGAGGAGCGAAUCUCGGCGAUGGCAAUCAAAGACCUGACGGCGACGACCGGUGAUUCAUCUCUUCCUUUGAUAAAACCUCCGCCGUCUGAAACAACCGGCGGUGACAGAACCUCUGCUCUUCAGACGCUUGGUAACAUUAUCGUCUCCAUCGUCGGUACAGGCGUCCUUGGUCUUCCUUACGCAUUCCGCGUCGCCGGUUGGUUCGCCGGAUCUCUCGGCGUCAUUAUCGUCGGAUUCGCCACCUAUUACUGCAUGCUCCUCCUCAUUCAAUGUAGAGAUAAGCUAGAAUCGGAACAAGGAGAAGAAGAAUCGAAAACUUAUGGUGAUUUAGGUUUCAAAUGUAUGGGAACAAAAGGUCGAUACUUAACCGAAUUCCUCAUUUUCACUGCUCAAUGUGGUGGAUCAGUAGCUUAUCUAGUGUUCAUAGGACGAAACUUGUCAUCCAUAUUUAGUUCAUAUGGGUUAAGUAUGGUGUCUUUCAUCUUGAUUCUGGUUCCAAUCGAAGUUGGAUUGUCCUGGAUCACUUCUUUAUCAGCUCUCUCACCUUUCAGUAUCUUUGCUGAUAUAUGCAACAUUAUAGCAAUGUGUUUCGUUGUCAAAGAAAAUGUGGAAAUGGUGAUUGAAGGUGACUUCUCGUUUAGUGAUAGAACCGCUAUUUCGUCUACCAUUGGUGGUUUACCUUUUGCUGGAGGAGUUGCGGUCUUCUGUUUUGAGGGUUUUGCAAUGACGUUGGCUUUAGAAAAUUCAAUGAGGGACAGAGAAGCUUUCCCUAAGUUGUUAGCUAAAGUGCUUGCCGGGAUUACAUUUGUCUAUGUCUUGUUUGGUUUUUGUGGUUAUAUGGCUUAUGGCGAUCAAACAAAGGAUAUUAUCACACUUAACCUCCCAAAUAAUUGGUCUGCCAUUGCUGUGCAGAUUGGGUUAUGUGUGGGAUUGACGUUUACAUUCCCGAUUAUGGUACAUCCGCUUAAUGAGAUCAUAGAGCAGAAACUGAAGAAGAUAGAUUGGCUUCAAAAGCAUCAUCAUGGGUACAACAACGAAACAGGUUCAGUCUCAAAAUGUGCAAUCUUUAUGACGAGGACGCUUUUGGUGGUAGGACUUGCUGCAAUCGCGAGUUUAGUCCCAGGGUUUGGUACAUUUGCAUCUCUUGUUGGAAGUACUUUGUGUGCACUCAUAUCCUUUGUGUUGCCGGCUUCUUAUCACCUCACGCUGCUCGGUCCAUCACUAAAUGUAUGGAACAAAUCCGUCGAUGUAUUCAUCGUGAUUUGCGGGUUGCUCUUUGCUGUUUAUGGUACGUACAACACAAUCGUCGGAGUGUGAAAAUGGAAAGCAAGUGAUCUGUGUAAAGCAAUGAAUACAACUACAAGAAGUUUGGUAAGACAAACAAAAAAAAUGUAUAGAUCUUUUACAUAAAAAAAAUGCAGAGUCGUAAAACAGCAUACACACUGACUUUGUUUUUGAUAAAAAUUUCAUUCAUUCUAUAAAUAACUCGGAAUCUUAUGAAUA